AUGCGUGCGCGGUACCCAUCGCGUUGCUCCCAUGCGCUGCAGCGGCGCUUUCCCAAGGUGCGCUUUGCAUCCGGAGCUGUCCUUGAUGAUUCGCUGCAGCUGCAGGACACGGAUGACUCCUUUUCCUGGUACCUCGUGUCAAGCGUCGUUUGGAAGCCUACCCGGUUCACUGACGUCUACGGUUUGCUUUGUUCACCUCCUUCCUUGUCUUGGGGUGGGCUGUACGUUCGCCAUGUCGCACCCGCCCGGCUCUGCCGAGUUCGGAAGUGCAAGGUGCAGCGACAAAUGGAAACAAGCUUGCAGCACAGGGACAUGAGCUCACAACAAAAAGCUUGGGUGAGCUGCUUUGGGCCGUACAUGUGGAGGCCGAGCAUUGAUCGCAACACGAAAUCUGCUGCUGGCCACUCCAUCGACAUGGCCAUCUCAUGCCGGAGAUGCUACACCUGUCAGCCUUGCGAUGCUCUUGUUACCCAGACUUCUGCAGAGCCUCAGCACGAUGCGAUAUUCCUGUGCACUUGGGCCGUGCUGGCAGUUAUGCCCCGGCAGAUGCACAUGACGAGCUCCACGCAAAACGGCUUGCAGGCAAGUGUCCACAUCCAUCAGGUCACAGCUCUUAGCCGCGAAGAAGCAGCACUGGACGACUGA